AUGAACAGUCAAAUACUACUUUACUCUGUAUUCAUAUUCUAUGUUCAAUUUCAAUAUUCAUCUCAGUUUUUAUUACCUGGACCUGAAAAACUGUUUCUUGUACCAUCCGUUGCAUUUCGUUAUCAUUCAUCCACAUUAGGAUUUACAGUCAAUGCCAAAUCAACUGAAGAUUGGAUAGUAUAUGCUCAAGGUUGGUUUUUUGAAGAAAAUCCAUUUCGCUCCUUUAUCGCUCAUACAGCUCUAUCAACAACCGUGUCAGACAUAAACGAAGAGCGUGUAGCUUAUUUUACGGCUAGUGGCAAGAAACAUCGUGAAUUAUGUCUAGAAGGUUUAUCCAAACAACUAUGUACCGAAACGGAUAAUAAAGGUCUUAUAUCGACAAAGUUUCGAAUAUCAAACAAUGAUAUUGAAAAAUAUCGUCAACCAGGUGGAGUCGGAGGAAAAGUACUAUUUCAAGUAUCUACAUUUAACACUUAUCAAUAUAUCAAUGAAACAGGAGAAAUCUAUUUGUGUGAUGACAAUGGUAUAUCUUUCAUUAGUGAUAUAGAUGAUACCAUUAAAGUUACUGGAGUAACAAGUGCCAGACGUGUACUAGUGAAUACGUUCAGUGGAGAAUAUAAAGCUAUUGAAAAUAUGGCCAAACGUUAUAGACAAUGGGAACAAAGGUAUAAUGCGACAUUUCACUAUCUAACAGCUAGUCCCGAUCAGUUGUAUCCAUUUUUACGUGAUUUUUUUGAACGUGAAAAAUUUCCAUUAGGUUCUGCUCAUAUGCGUCAUUUCACAUGGUUUGAUAAAAAUUUUAUUAAUUUUUUCAUGUCUCAAUCGUAUAUUAGUCAAAAAUCAAAAGUAUUAAAAAUGUUUUUGGAUCAAACACGUUCGCGAUAUUUCGUAUUAUUAGGAGAUAUAUUUCAAAAAGAUCCGGAAAUUUAUGCACGAAUUUAUGAACAAUAUCCACAACGAAUUGCAAAAAUAUUUAUUCGAAAAUAUUCAGAUGAUAGUGAUGGACAAAAACGAUUAGAGCAAGUGUUCAGUCGAAUACCUAAAGAAAAAUGGCAAACAUUUGAAAAUGGAAACGAUUUACCAGAAAACUUUAAAAUUGAAAAAUAA